AUGAAUUCUAUUCGCCAGGUUCAGGCACUCAAUAAGCGCGAGCUUGAGCAUGCGAUACCCCCAGAGGCGUCAUGGCAUGCAGACUACCGCGACACAGCCUAUAUCUACAUUGGAGGACUCCCAUUUGACUUAUCCGAAGGUGACAUUGUCGCAAUCUUCUCACAAUAUGGAGAACCGGUGCAUGUCAAUCUAGUCCGCGACAAGGAAACAGGUAAGAGCAAGGGAUUUGCCUUUCUGAAAUACGAGGACCAGCGCAGCACAGAUCUUGCCGUGGAUAACCUCGGUGGUGCAACUGUUAUGGGCCGUCUGCUUCGGGUGGAUCAUGCGCGCUACAAGCGGAAGGAUGAUGAGGAGGACCAGGACAAUGUUGCCAAAUUGAUGGGAGAUCCGGUUAUCACCGAGAGCAAAGGCAAGGAACACGACCGGAGAAAGGGAACUGAAAUUGAAGACCGACGGCCGAUACUGAAGGAGGAGAAAGAGCUAGAAGAAUUGAUUCGGAACCACGACGAGGAAGAUCCGAUGAAGGAAUUCCUUAUCGAGGAGAAGAAAGAAGAGGUUGCCACUGCGAUCCGGUUGUGGAAUAGCACUAAGAAGUCGUCGAGGCGACGGGACGACAGCAGAGAACGGUCAAGCCGGCACCACCGCCGACACCGUUCCCGCUCUCCUCGCGAGCGAAGACAUCGAGAUGAUCGUUCUCCAGAUAGGGAAAGGCGAUCUCGCUACAGGUCAUCGGAAAGAGCAGAAAGAUCCAGAAGGGACCGGUCGCCAAGGAAAUCGCGCUCGCCCGAGUCCCGAAGACACCGAAGUGAUCGGGAUAGACAUGAUCGCCGCCAUUGA